UCCAAGGUCCUGAAAUACUCUUUUAACUUGCAAUAGUGAGCCCAACCUAAUAUUCCGAUAUAUACUUUUUUUUUAAUAUAUUCCCCUGUGCGGUUUAACUACAUCUUUGCAACAAAGCCCCGUGAAGCCACAGAGUAUCUCCCGAGUCUAUACCUCCACCUUCCCCUGGAAAUCCUUUUAAACGGCUCAACUAGUUUAAUCCUGCCGGCUGACCACCGCGGCUGUGGGGACGCGUUUGUUGUAAUAUUCCCUCACCGUUAUGUGCCUGCGUGGAUAAAAGUAAUUGCGUGUUUUUUUUUUAUUUACACGCGUAAGAAAUAAGCAGAACUCGGCUUUAAUCGGAUUUCCAGGCUACAAGCAGGCGGUGAGCAGGAUGGCCUGUAGCCUCUCAGCUGCAACCUCGUGCUGCGGGCGGAUAUGAAAUGACAGGCGGCAGAUGGUUCUUUUUUUUUUUUGUACCCCUAGAAGAUUCUCUCUGUUGGGGCCCAAAUUCAUAUCUGUGAUCCAGUACGCAUCGCAGAUCCCCUGAGGAGUUGAUGGUGGGCCUUCUGAAGUGAUCUCGUGGUGUUAAAGUGCGGACAUGGAGGCAAAGAAAGAUGCCCCCCCUGGGGGUGAGGGAGGAAAAUCAGACACCCUGGGGUCCACUGGCUCGGCCAGAAAAAGAGGCGGGGGGGCCAAGAAGGCAAUGCAGGCGAACAAGUCCGCCCUCAGGGCCCCCCGAGCCCUCUGCUGCCUCACCCUCAGCAACCCCAUCCGCAUGGCAGCACUGGCCCUCGUAGAGUGGAAGCCUUUUGAUAUUUUCAUUCUGCUUGCCAUUUUUGCCAACUGCGUGGCCAUGGGCGUCACCAAGCCGUACCCUGAUGAUGACUCCAACGCUACCAAUCACCAACUGGAACAAGUUGAGUACGUCUUCCUCGUCAUCUUCACCAUCGAGACCUUCACUAAAAUUCUUGCCUACGGCUUAGUCAUGCACCCCAGCGCCUACAUACGCAGCGGAUGGAACUUGCUUGAUUUCGUUAUCGUCAUUGUCGGGUUGUUCAGCGUGAUAGCAGAGGGCAUGACGGAUCAUAAGCCGGGAGAGGCCCAUCAUGCUGCAGGAAAACCCGGAGGCCUGGAUGUCAAAGCUCUCAGAGCAUUCAGGGUGUUGCGACCCCUUCGGCUCGUAUCUGGAGUGCCAAGUUUACAGAUUGUGUUGAACUCCAUCAUGAAAGCCAUGGUCCCCCUUCUGCACAUCGGUAUGUUGGUCAUGUUCGUCAUCAUCAUCUACGCCAUCAUCGGCUUGGAGCUUUUUAUCGGCAGGAUGCACAAGACGUGCUACUCCAGCACCACAGGUCUGAUGGUGGAAGACGAUCCGUCACCCUGUGCAUUUGCCGGGAGCGGGCGAUCUUGCAACUCGAACGGGACUGAGUGCCGGGGCAAGUGGGAGGGCCCAAAUGGCGGCAUCACAAACUUUGACAACGUUUUCUUCGCCAUGCUGACAGUUUUCCAGUGCAUCACUAUGGAGGGUUGGACAGAUGUUCUCUACUGGAUGAAUGACGCCAUUGGCUUUGAGAUUCCGUGGGUUUACUUUGUUUCUCUGGUCAUCUUUGGAUCCUUUUUCAUCAUCAAUCUCGUAUUGGGUGUGUUGAGCGGAGAGUUCUCCAAGGAAAGAGAAAAGGCCGUAGCGCGCGGUGAGCUGCAGAUGGCGCAGGAGAGCAAGCAGAUGGAGGAGGACAUGAUAGGCUACAUGGACUGGCUCAUAGAGGCCGAGGAUGUGGAUGAAGAAGGAAACAAACGUGCUGCGAUCGCAAAGAAAAAGAUGAUGAAGAAAUUUGGCUGGUACAAACACAGCGAGGAUGGUGGAGCGGAGUCAGACUCAGACGACGACAUAGCAUACCUCGAUGAUGACAGUGGCUUCUGUGCGUCUCUCAUGGCAAAGAUGAUGGCGAAUAGCUUCUGUGACCAAUUGUGCCAGCUGAAUCAUACAUUCAGGAAGAACUGCCGUGUGGCCGUCAAGACCGCCAACUUCUACUGGUUGGUGCUUCUGCUGGUGUUUCUCAACACAGUGGCCAGUGCCUCCGAGCAUUACGGACAGCCAAAUUGGCUCACAGAAAUGCAAGAGCGAGCCAACAAGAUCCUGCUGCUGCUGUUCACUCUGGAGAUGCUGUUGAAGAUGUACGCCUUUGGCCUGCAGAUCUAUUUCAUGGCGCUGUUCAACCGCUUUGAUUGCUUCGUGGUGUGCGGCGGCAUCCUCGAGACGCUGCUCGUGGAGUUUCAAUUCAUACCGCCCAUCGGCAUCUCUGUGCUGCGCUGCAUCCGACUGCUCAGGAUAUUCAAGAUGACUCGGCACUGGGCUGCUUUGUCCGACCUAGUCAACUCGCUGCUCAACUCCAUGAAAGCUAUCCUCUCCCUCCUGCUCCUGCUCUUCCUCUUCCUCAUCAUCUUCGCCUUGCUGGGCAUGCAGUUAUUUGGAGGCAAAUUCAACUUUGACGAGACUCAGAUGAAGAGAAGUACUUUCGACUCCUUCCCUCAGGCUCUGCUCACUUGUUUUCAGAUCCUCACAGGAGAGGACUGGAACGCUGUAAUGUACGACGGCAUUAUGGCCUAUGGAGGGCCGAUCUUCCCCAACAUGGUGGUGUGCAUUUACUUCGUCAUCCUCUUUGUCUGUGGUAACUACAUCCUGCUCAAUGUCUUCUUGGCUAUCGCUGUGGACAACUUGGCAGGAGGCAGUGGAAAGACCAAAGUCGAGGAGAAAAAGGAAGAUGAAGAAGAAUGGGAUGAGGAUGAUGAGAAAGAGGAUGAAGAUGCAGGGAACGACGAGGACGACUGGCAGGAAAAUGAGGAGCUGAGGGCCAUCGAGGGACUGGAGGGAGUUGCUCCAUUAAAGCCUGAGUUCUCAGGGCCCAAAGAGAAGAUCAUCCCAAUCCCUGAUGGGAGCUCCUUCUUCCUUCUUGGAAAGAAAAACUGUUUGCGAGUCGCCUGUCACAACCUCAUCCAUCACCCCUACUUCACCAACUUCAUCCUCAUCUUCAUCAUCCUCAGCAGCAUUUCCCUGGCUGCCGAGGAUCCGAUCAAAUCCCACUCAUUCAGGAACAUAGUGCUCGGCUAUGCAGAUUAUGUUUUCACUUCGGUUUUCACAGUGGAGAUCGUACUAAAGAUGACAGUCUACGGCGCUGUUCUGCACACCGGCUCCUUCUGUAGAAACGCCUUCAACCUCCUCGACCUGGUGGUUGUCGGCGUGUCGCUCGCGUCUUUCUUCUUACAUUCAAGUGCGAUCUCUGUGGUCAAGAUUCUCAGAGUGCUGCGAGUGCUCAGGCCUCUUCGUGCCAUUAACAGAGCCAAGGGACUGAAGAACGUGGUGCAGUGUGUGUUCGUGGCGAUCCGCACCAUCGGCAACAUCUUAAUUGUCACAACACUGCUCCAGUUCAUGUUUGCCUGUAUUGGAGUGCAGCUCUUCAAGGGCAGAUUCUACAGCUGCACAGAUGAAGCCAAACACACUCCUGUGGAGUGCAGGGGAACGUUUGUGGUCUUUCAAGACGGGGAUAUGAACCACCCCAUGGUGAAAGAGAGGAUUUGGGAAAACAGUGAUUUCAACUUUGACAAUGUGCUGAUGGGCAUGCUGGCUUUAUUCACUGUGUCCACAUUUGAAGGCUGGCCACAGCUCCUUUAUCGUUCUGUGGACGCCAACGCCAUCAACCGCGGGCCCAUUUACAACUACCGAGUAGAAAUCUCCAUCUUUUUCAUCAUCUACAUCAUCAUCAUCGCCUUCUUCAUGAUGAACAUAUUCGUGGGUUUUGUCAUCAUCACAUUUCGAGAGCAAGGAGAGGCUGAAUUCAAAAACUGUGAACUCAACAAAAAUCAACGCCAGUGUGUGUACUACGCUCUGAAAGCUCAACCUAUAAAGAUUUACAUCCCGAAAAACCCGUCACAGCUCAAAUUCUGGAAAAUUAUCAACUCCAGCCAGUUUGAAUACGUCAUGUUUGUGCUGAUUCUGGGAAACACCCUCACUCUGGCUAUUCAGCAUUACGAGCAGUCUAAGCUGUUCACCUCCGUCAUGGACAUCCUCAACAUGAUCUUCACUGUGGUUUUCACGAUCGAGAUGAUUAUCAAGUUACUGGCUCUGCGGGCUCAUCACUAUUUCAUCGAUCCAUGGAAUUCUUUUGACGCUUUGAUCGUCGUGGGGAGCGUGUUGGAUAUCGCCGUCUCUGAGUUGAGCGGAGGAGGCGGCCAUGGUGAGGGUCCUGGUAAAGGAGAGAGCGGAAAAGUGUCCAUCACAUUCUUCCGUUUAUUCCGAGUCUUGAGAUUGGUGAAACUGCUCAGCAAAGGAGAGGGCAUUCGAACGCUCCUCUGGACUUUUGUCAAGUCGCUCCAGGCCCUGCCUUAUGUUGGUCUGCUCAUCGCGAUGAUCUUUUUCAUCUAUGCUGUGAUUGGCAUGCAGUCAUUUGGGAAAGUGGCCAUCGAUGAGAACACACAUAUCAACAGAAACUGCAACUUCCAGACUUUCUUCAUGGCUGUUCUGGUGCUCUUCAGGUGUGCCACCGGAGAGCAGUGGCAGGAGAUUAUGCUGGCGGCUCUGCCCGGUAGACGCUGCGACCCAGAAUCCGACACUGAGCCCGGUGAAGAGUUCAGCUGCGGUAGCAACUUGUCCUACAUCUACUUCAUCAGCUUCUUCAUGCUCUGUGCUUACCUGAUUAUCAACUUGUUCAUUGCCGUCAUCAUGGACAACUUUGAGUACCUGACACGAGACUGGACUGUGCUCGGUACUCACCACCUGGAUGAGUUCAAGAGAGUUUGGUCCGACUACGAUCCAGAGGCCACCGGUCGUAUAAAACACAUCGAUGUCGUCACUCUGCUGCGUAGGAUUCAACCACCUCUUGGUUUCGGAAAACUGUGUCCUCAUCGUGUUGCUUGCAAGAGACUGGUUGCUAUGAACGUCCCGCUGCACUCUGACGGGACAGUCACCUUCAGUGCUACUCUGUUUGCUCUCGUGCGAACCUCACUCAAGAUCAAGACUGAAGGUUUGAUCUCAUUCAUAUAUACAGACGGAAACUCAUGCAGGCUCAUGAGUGUGAGUCUACCUCGCUCAGUGCUGUUUCACUUAAAGGCUUUGUUGCUGUUGUCGCCCUCAGGCCCCAUCGACAAGCAGAAUGAAGAGCUGAAGGUGAUCAUUAAGAAGCUCUGGAAGCGCACCAAGCCCAAGCUCAUUGAUGAAGUCAUUCCUCCCCCUAGAGGGGAUGAGGUGACUUGCGGGAAGUUUUAUGCCAGCUUCCUGAUUCAGGACUAUUUUAAAAAGUACCGCAAGAGAAAGGAGAGGGAGAGGAAAUCCAAAAGGAAGGACAGGGCGGCUUCUCUGCAGCUAGGACUGCGAACGCUGCAGGACCUGGCUCCAGAGAUGCGUCUGGCGAUGGCCUGUGAUCUUGAAGAUGAGGAGGUUGCGGAUGGAGAGAUGACCGGUGAUGAUUUAUUCGACAUCGCGCCGGGAACUUUCAUGACCACAAAGCCCCCCAGCACGCAGCUGCCGCCUAUAAACAAGCUGGUGGAGCAGAUAACCGUGCUCAUGGAAAAUGAGAUCAAGAGAGCCGAGGAGGUCGUGGUCACAGAGCAGGUGAUGGGCCUGCAGGAGCACCAGAAACCAGGAUCAGAGCUGGCAGGAGUCAGCGUUGUAACAGAGCAGCCUGUGAGGUCUGAACCUCUGCCCAUCAGGGAGGACCCCAUCAGUGAGUUGCCUCCUCCUCCCCCAGAGAUAACACCGGUUGUAGUCGAAGAACCGGUUGUAGUCGAAGAACCGGUUGUAGUGGAAGAACCGGUUGUAGUGGAAGAACCGGUUGUAGUCGAAGAACCGGUUGUAAUCGAAGACCCAGUUGUGGUGGCUACAGCCGUAGAUGAGCAGGUUUAUUACACUGAGGGGGACGCUGCAAGUCAAGCACCAGUAGACGGGUAUGUGUACUCAGAAACGGUCUGUUCUCUACCAACUGAGACGGGCUACAAUGGCCAGAGCCUGGAGAGUGCCGGCAGCAUCGGGGAGCUACCAUAUGAUACUUAUGAUGCCACUGGCUUUGAUAGCAACGGUUAUAAUGGCACCAACAUGAAUGGACAGAGCGUCACUGCAAGCCCCACUCCCUAUGCCACAAAUGGAUACAAUGGGAACGGAUACGCAGGUGACAACGACAGCGGCAGCAUCAUUAGCGCCAAUGGCAAUGGAAGUAUAAUGAACGGCAAUGGAAAUGGCAGCACUUUCAGUGGUUACACUGGGAAUAGCUACAAUGGAAGUGAGAAUGGCGCACAGUUUGUCAGGAGACGACUGCUCCCUCUCGUACCACAAGGUCGAAAGCCGUCCUUUAACUUACAGUGUCUGAGGCCACAGAGCGGUAUGGACGACCUCCCAAUCCCAGGGACUUUCCGUGGGAGCACACCCCCAUCCAGAUCCCAUCUCCAGACCCAGUACAGCGUGGACUCCCGGCCCAGCAGCAUUACCUCGAUGUCAUCAGCCUCCUGGAUGAACGCGACAGCAACUGGCGCCGCUCCUCUCCCAGGAAUGAUCCCCCCGUCAGGGCGCAGGGGCAAGCUCGUCUACUCCCCUAUGAUCCUGGUGGACGAAGCCACCGGCAACAGCCAGCCAAUGUGGAGCGACGGCUCUGCCAGCCUCCCUGCAGCGAGCAGGGCACCUGGCUGGUACCCCGGUCAGACCAGGACCUUCACCAGCAUGAGGAUGCCACCCGUCAAACAGGGCUUCCUAGACAGAGGCAGUGCAGACAGUCUGGUCGAGUCGAUCCUGAUCUCCGAGGGUCUCGGUGUCUACGCCAGGGACCCCAAGUUUGUGAGCUUUGCCAAGCGGGAGAUUGCUGAAGCCUGUCACAUGAGUCUGGACGACAUGGAGAGCGCGGCCUCUGACCUCAUAGCUCGCGGGGCCAGUCAGUCGAUUUCUCGUUUUGAGGAGGAACUGGCCGAUGAAAUGAACUGCGUGAUUUCUUUCUGAGAUCACCAAAACUGAAAAAAAAAAAAACUUUGAGAGAAAGUGAGUUUAAAUUUUCUCUAGAGAAAACAAAAAAACUGGACAGCUCAAGUGUAAGAAUGAUGUGAUACAAAAGGGACCGUUUUGUCUGCUUUGUUAUACCAAGGUAAAAUAUAUACUUUAACUUGUAAAUGCCAAAACACACACACACUUACACUGAUUUUAGGAUUACAUGUCAGUAUGUGGAAGGACUCACAACUAUUCCUACACUAAGCCGUGUUUUACAGAGGUGUCCACUGAAUGUGACAGAAAACUGUGGCUCUGAGCGUCAUUAUGACAGAGGACCUUUUUUUUGCAUUGCAUUCUCAUUUUGUACUGUACUUGAAUUAUUCUCUCUUUAUACACCUAUAUAUCAACUGUAAAAAAAUGAAACUAUUAGAUUAAUAGAACAUUUAUACGUUGUUACACAAAUAAUUGACAUGUGAGUGCUCAACAGCAUUUGCUAUUUUUUAGAAAUAUUUAUAAAUACUGAAUAUUGAAUAUCCUCUAACAUA